GCAUCGUGAUGUCGACCAUCUCCUCCACCACUAUCUCGUCCUACCGAAAACGGUAUGGUCACGAGAGCAGGGCCACGACUGGCGCGCGAGGGCAAUCCGACGCGCCGGCGACGCUCUACUCGAGCAGCAAGACCGUCGGAGCGUGGAGCGGAACCGUGUCGGCGGCGGAUGAGACUCACGACAUCACUCUGUCCGGGGCCCUUAGCACCGAUUUUAAAGUGUCUCGCGGCAGCAAUAAGUCGCUUAACGACCGCUUCGUCAGUUACGUAGAGAAGGUGCGGUUGCUGGAGCAGCGCAACGAGGCUCUGCGCACGGAGCUGGAGCGCUAUCGUGGGAACGGACCCUCGCGCCUCGCCGAGCUGUGCGCGCACGAAGUGGCGGAUCUGCGGCGGCACGUGGACCAGCUGACCAAUGAGAAAGCGCGGGCGGAGGUACAACGGGACAACUUCCUCGUGGACAUAGAACGGAUCAGUGCGAAGUUGCAGGAGGAGAUUCUGCAGAGAGAGCAGGCUGAGAGGAGCACACAGAGCUUCAGACAGGAUGUGAACAUUGCCGCUCUAGCUCGAGUGGACCUGGAGAGGAAAGUGGAGUCCCUUCAGGACGAAAUUCGAUUCCUUAAGAAGCUCCAUGAAGAGGAGCUGAGAGAGAUACAGACUCAGAACCAGCAGCAGUCUGAUCUGACCUCCGCCCUCAGGGAAAUCCAGGUGCAGUACCAGAACCUGGCGUCCAAGAAUGCUCACGUGUCUGAGGAGUGGUACGACUCCAAGUCCUAUCUGUCAUGGCUUAAAUCUCUCCAUGUUGUGGAUGCGGAAUUGCAGUUCGCCGAACUCUCUGAAGUCGCAAACAGAAAUAAAGAAACUCUGCGAGCAGCCAAGCGAGAGGCCAAUGAGUUCCGGUACCAGGUUCAGGCUCUUAACCGUGAGGUGGACGCCCUCAAGGGGACAAACGAGGCUCUGGAGCGACAGAUGAGACAGACAGAGGAGAACUUUGCUCUGGAGUCCACGGCUUAUCACAACACCAUCAGUCGUCUGAAGGAAAACAUCCUGGACCUAAAAGACGAGAUAGCUCGAAACAUGCACGAGUACCAGGACCUGCUCAACGUUAAGAUAGCGUUGGACAUCGAGAUCGCCACCUACAGGAGGAUUAUGGAAGGAUCUGUAACAGACCCUGUGCUGGAGUCCAGAACCUCCACGAAGGUUCUCAUCAAGACCACUGAGAUCAGAGAUGGAGAGCACAAGUCACAUGAGGAAACUUCUAGAUUAUAGUAAUAAAACACUCGAGAGAGAGAGUGCUUAAUGAGUCUACGCAGAACCAUGAAGAACGGGAAUGACCUCCUUCGUUCCCUACUUCGAUUCACACCUCGUCGAAACACACAACACACAACACACAGCAGCAUCAUCCGUCCCUGUGAGGCCUACAGAAAUAACCGCUGUCCCUCAGCUGCUACUUUUCCAGUGCUUUAUUCACUCAGGAGUUGACUGAGUUCUUUCUCCUGAUAUUAACAUCACAAUAAUAACGUCUGAGAAAUCAGACAGAUUUUCAUUAUAUUGAUCUGUUAAGAUGAUUAUUUUAAGCAUUCAACUCUUUUUUAAAUUAAUAUAGUAGAGGAAUGUUAGCUGAAUUAUUUUUCAUGUAGUUACUCUAUAAUAAGAUCCCAAAUCUUUUGGAAAUGUUUUAUAAGUUAGUGAGCAAAAUUAAGUCAUUUUAAUACAGUAAAUAUUUAACAUCUGGGUUCAAAUCCAAUAGAAAGAAAUCAAUAUAUAAUGUGAAGAUGAGUAGAACACACGAUGAGUGUAACACUUCCUGCUUCUUCACAUUACCGAUUCUUCAUACUAGUAAAGUUUUAAGAGGGCUUAGGCACAAUAUUUUAUUCUUCAAUGUUCAAGGUUCUUUAUUUGUCACAUACAUAUUACAUGCAGACAUGUGGAGCGUUUUUCCUUAGUUCCUCAUACAACGUUGCGAGAACGGACAGAAACAACAUCAAACUAACU